AAACCCCGCCAAGGCGGCUGUUUGAUCGUGGUCGGUGCAGUGAAGCAACAGUUCAGGGUAGCCCUUCGCCACUUUCACUUUCACCACCACCUCUACGCCGUCCACCACGACGACCGGACCAAGGGCCUUCACCAUGAGCGGAACACAGGCCCAGAUAGAGAAGGCGAUUGGUCAGAUCCAUAACAAACAACCAAUCCCCGAGAUUGAUUUUACGCAACACCAGCUGGAGAAUGGAUACUUGAUUAGCACACAGGAAAGGGUUGUCAAGGAGGUACAAUCCCCCGCGAUGGCCAUUCCGACAGACGAGCAAUUCUGGUCUAAAGAAGAUUCUACUAAGCCGGACGUCGCUUUCCUCAAGAAUCAUUUCUAUCGCGAGGGUCGUUUGAGUGAAGAUCAAGCCCUCUUUAUCAUAGAGAAGGGGACAGAAAUCCUGCGUAGCGAACCUAAUCUUCUUCAUGUCGAUGCUCCGGUCACUGUUUGCGGCGAUAUUCAUGGGCAAUAUUACGACCUUAUGAAGCUCUUCGAAAUCGGUGGUAGCCCUGCCAACACGCGAUAUCUUUUCUUGGGUGACUACGUUGACCGAGGAUACUUUAGUAUCGAAGUGAGUUGCUCGCUUGCCGCCUAUUCUAUUUUGGCUUAUCUGCAUAAACAGUGCGUGUUGUAUCUCUGGACUUUGAAGAUCUGGUACCCCGAUACCCUUUUCCUUCUCCGUGGUAACCAUGAAUGCCGUCACUUGACCGAUUAUUUCACUUUCAAACUUGAAUGCAAACGCAAGUAUUCUGAGCGCAUCUACGAAGCAUGCAUGGAUUCGUUCUGCGCGCUGCCCCUUGCUGCGAUUAUGAACAAACAAUUCUUUUGUAUCCAUGGUGGUCUCUCUCCCGACCUGCAUACCCUGGACGAUAUCCGACAAUUGGACAGAUUCCGGGAGCCGCCAACUCAGGGUCUUAUGUGCGAUAUUCUCUGGUCAGAUCCUGUGGAAGACUUUGGACAGGAAAAGACACAAGAAAGCUUCGUGCACAAUCAUGUUCGAGGAUGCUCUUUCUUCUUCACGUACCAAGCGGCAUGUCAGUUCCUUGAGCGCAACAAGCUCCUCUCUAUCAUCCGAGCGCAUGAGGCACAAGAUGCUGGUUAUCGUAUGUACCGCAAGACUCGAACGACUGGUUUCCCUUCCGUCAUGACCCUUUUCUCUGCACCGAAUUACCUCGACGUAUACAACAACAAGGCGGCAAUCCUCAAAUAUGAGAGUAACGUUCUGAACAUUCGUCAGUUUAACUCAACGCCUCAUCCUUACUGGUUGCCAAACUUCAUGGACGCUUUCACAUGGUCAUUGCCAUUCGUUGGCGAGAAGAUCACAGACAUGCUGUUGGCACUGUUGAACUGCUGCACAAAAGAGGAGCUGGAAGAGAGCUCCGAUGAGGAGGCCAUCAUCUCUCCCACCACUCCUUCAGAAGAGUCGCAAGAACGUAGAAAAGUUAUCAAGAACAAGAUCUUGGCUGUGGGGCGUAUGUCAAGAGUUUUCGCGUUGCUACGUGAGGAGUCGGAGAAGGUAUCAGAACUCAAGAGUGUCUCUGGCUCUGCUCGCCUGCCAUAUGGUACCCUUGCGCUGGGCGCAGAAGGUAUCAAGGAUGCUAUCACCGGCUUUGAGGAUGCCCGUAAAUCCGAUAUCGAGAACGAACGCUUACCGCCUGACUUGUACGAUGCCGCAUCAGAAGAGGGCAAAGCGAUUCUUUCGCAACCCCCAACGCCGGAGGGCAUCGCAAGCGUCUCAGCACCUGCAAAUGGUGUUGCCGCUGCCCUGGAGAAAGCAAUUGCAAGCGGCUCUGUGCCUUCAUCACCCGUUGCUGCAACACCGACUUCACCAAUGAGCCCGACGUCCGGUUCAGCAAUCCCCUUCAAACGCGGUCAUGGUCGUCAAGCCAGUCUUGGUACAACGAUGACCAGCCCUAGCACACGUCGACGAAGCCUAGAGAGCACGAUGUCUUUGAUCCGAGAGACCUUUGAUCAGAAGAGUCCGAUUCAGGAUCCUGAACUCGUGCAGCUAGCAGAUCAUGUAGCUGGACAGAGCACUGGCAACAAGGGAGGAGGUGGUACUGGGUCUGCGAGCUAGGUUGCAGAUGUACUCGAGCAGGUGCGGAUUAUUGCGUCUUCUCGACUACGGGACUUUUUUGGGAUGAUCGUGUGGGGUUUUUCAGUUCUCUCCUAUACCUAGUUGCAGUCUACGAAUAUUGUUCUUGUACCUUUCUUUAGUAUUCUCGUGAUGCAUCGCGCCCUGGAUUAAUCUGAAGUACAUGUAGAGUGACAUCAAGUGAAACAAUCGACUACAGAAGCGACAAUUUUCAAAAUACUUCAACUUGAAGUAUUUACACAGUGCUACCGGCGCUUCUUCAUGCCGGAGGGCUGUCGCGGUCAACCUUCAACUUCAAGUUCGUCGUCUUGCUAAGGAUCAAUAUUGUUCUCAACAGGGCGUUCGAGUAUGAACGUUGUGCGAAUGACUUCGCUCAAGGCUGAAGCGUUCUAUCUCUCUCUGUGCCACACAUUGAACUGACUCCGAAUCCGGACCGACCUAUAUUGUCCGUU